CCAGAAUCGUCAAUUACGGACAGACAGAAGCUUCCAAGGGGCUAUCGACAGAAAUGUCCACCGCUGAGGGAGAGUCAUCGAGAAACAGAGGCCGGCCUCGUAAAGUGCCGACCGUGGCUCCGGACACGGUACGACGGACGCAGCUUCGAGAAGCCCAACGGGCGUAUCGGUCCCGACAACAGUCGCUACUUGCCUCGUUAAAAUCUCGGGUUGCUAGACUGGAAGAUGCAUUUGGACAACUUAAUCAGAUCAUGGACUCAUUCGACGCUCAAGUUAUCAAGCCAAGUGCUCAAAUGUCCCAUGCUCAGCUGCUCCAGGCUGUGAAGCUUUUCCAAAAUGAGAUCUGCUUCCAAUUAGAAAGGGCCGACUCUCAUGCAUCGCCCAAUGAAGGCAAGGAACGCAGUUCAACUACUACCCAAAGUCAGGAACCCCAACAAAGGUCCAGCGACAGACCGUCGUCCUCGGACCCUUGCCAGGUCAAUAAAGAAACUACUAGUGCCCCAACAUGGACGAAAGAGAAGGCGCUCUCGUCUGAUUUUUGGCGUCGCUUUUUGGGCUCGUCUAACGGCAUUUUGCCGCCGGUUGCAUCUACGGCUCAUGAGCCUAACGCUUACAUUCGUGAGACAUCUUCUGUAGACCGUGAGGACCACGCCAUACAAUACACGACUUCAACAUUCACAGAGAAUCUCUACCGUACCUGCGCAGAAAAUGGGUAUCGGCUGGUGUGCAACGACACAGUGACCGACGAGGAGAUGCAGCCGCAAUUUGGGCUGGUGUUGCAAACGGUCUCACGAGAGCAAAUCCGACUCUAUUUUGAGCGGGUACUCCAGAUGAAACCAUGUAAUCCCGUACAUGACCGUCGGUUUCCUUUUAUUAGUCUCGGUGGAGCGGGGACGCAUUUCCCUUCCGCGGGGCAGGACUCUCGUUCUCCGAACCUUCUUCUCUUUCGUGAAACGAAUGGCGUGCUGGCGAUUCCCAGUGAUGACGACUGGUUUGAUAUCAAGGAUAUGGAAGGGUUCUUGAUGGAGCAGGGCAUCAAAACUGAGGAGAGCUACCGAGCCUCGGUUACUUAUUCAUCUCGUACUAAUAGCAAUCCAAGCGUGAGGCCUGAAUUGUUACUCCCAAGUGGUAACAUCGUUGGGUCAUCUGAUUUAAAUAUUCAUAGCCAGAGUACCUCCAGGAAUGUGGUUAUGGUCCUGGACGAGGCCACCGUCAUUGAUAAACUAAGUCGGCUCUGUAUCUGUCUUGGUUGCGUUGCUGGAUUUCGCCGCUCUGAUGUUGAAAACCUAAUAUGGCAGCAUGUUAGUUGGAAACCAAUCUAGUUUGGGGACCACACAAGUGAAUGCUGAACAAGCGUUCUACGUCCAGAACCAACGGUCACAGCAUCUAUAUGUAUUAACAAGGACAGCGAA